AUGGUGGGGGCAAGACUCACGAUGUCGAAGCUACAAAUCCCGCCGAGCGAGCUGGAGAAAAGCCUAUUGUGGCGCCAAGCCACACUUCCGGUCCGGUUGGGGGAUCCCAUUUCUGAAACUCCGGCCGUGUACCUUGCCUCGACUGCAGCGGCGCACCUCCUGCUGCAGCAACUGAACCUGCCGCCGGACCACUUAUUUCACAUGGCUGGUGAACUGCUCUCCCCCGCAUGGACCCCACCUCCUCCCCAAGUCAACCCACUGACCACACUGGAGGCAUGGCUCUCAGCACAGGCACAGGAGGUCCUCCGCAGCUACAGGGAGGACCACAAGGGCACGGGCAAUCUGCAGCCGGGGCUCUUUAAAGCCAUCAACACACACAAGGCUGCCCACUAG